AUGGCAUCAGCCACGUUGACUGUGAUGGAAGCACAACCUCCAGUCGCGGCAACAGAGACGUUCAAGUUUCCAGCUUUUCAGCCAGACUACCUUCCAACACACCACGAAGAAGAUUCCGUACGAGCAACUUCUGGGAUGGUCAGUCCAGGACGAGCUGGCUCCAUACCCAACGGCACGGCAUAUGGCGAGCAGUGGCAGCCCCGCAAGGAGAUAAGGUCAGGAUGGGCCAAUGGGAUAUCACCAGUCGGAGGCACCAGACAUGGACGGCAAAAGAGCCUAAGUGAAGCGAUCAGGACGAUCAGGACACGGCAUGAAAGUGUCAGCGCAAGCGCUCAUGAGAUAGCGGAUGCCCUGAAGGCACCUGUAUCUCCAAGGCUCAUUUUACUUUGCGGCAUCUGGUACGCGACGUCUAUACUGUCCAACACCUCCUCCAAGGCCAUCCUGACCGCACUCCCGAGACCUGUGACCCUUACGCUCGUCCAAUUUGCGUUCGUUUCAUCCUGGUGUAUCUUCUUAGCAUGGCUGUCCCGUCUGUAUCCACGGCUGAAGACCGCCAUACCAGCGCUAAAGUACGGCAUCCGCCCUCCAAGUCGGGACCUUAUCCUUACUACUCUUCCCUUGACUGCGUUCCAGAUCGGUGGCCAUAUCCUCAGUUCUGACGCAAUGUCUCGCAUACCCGUAUCUCUAGUCCACACUAUAAAGGGGCUCUCACCACUCCUCACCGUCCUUGCCUACCGCUUCUUUUUUGGCAUCCGUUACUCCGGUGCCACAUACCUCUCCCUGAUCCCACUUACCUUAGGCGUAGUUAUGGCCUGCUCCGCAAACUUCUCAGGGAACUUUAUCGGCCUGCUCUGUGCAUUCGGCAGCGCUCUACUGUUCGUGACCCAGAACAUCGUCUCAAAGAAGCUCUUCAACGAAGCUGCGCAGGCGGAAGCAGAUGGGCGGCAUGGCAUCAAAAACCGCAAACCGGACAAGCUGAACCUACUCUGCUACUCCUCUGGCCUAGCAUUCCUACUCACAGCACCUCUAUGGCUAUGGUCAGAAGGCUUCACACUCAUCGCCGACUUCCUACACGACGCCUCCGUCGACCUAUCCGGGCGGCCCGGUUCGCUUGACCACGGACGCCUUGCCUUAGAAUUCAUCUUCAACGGCACGUUUCACUUUGGCCAGAACCUCGUUGCGUUCGUGCUGCUCUCUAUGGUCUCACCAGUCACCUACUCGGUUGCGAGUCUGAUCAAGAGGGUCUUCGUCAUCUCCUUCGCGAUCGUGUGGUUCGGCAACAAGAUGACCACUUUCCAAGGCGUCGGCAUCGGUCUCACGUUCCUGGGCUUAUAUCUCUACGAUCGGGUCAGUGAUGCUGCUAAGGCGGAUCGGAGGGCUCGCAUGCUGCAGACGCAGAGCCGGGACGCGCUUCUGCCGCUCACGACGGAUAACCUGGGCGGUGCAGCUGUGUUUGUCCAGAGUCCUGCCGUCAUGGCUGCACCGCAGCCGUACGCGAACGGCUACUUGCAUGGCUCCUUGCACGGCUUGGAGAAGCGGAGCGACGAUGCGGGACCAGGGCGGCCGCGGAAUGGUAGCCCUACUGGUGGGGGCUGGCUCCCGCCGGGUACGAAACAGGAGGCUACAUGGACGGAUAGAGAUAUCAGCAUGAGUCCGGGGGCUCCUGCGUCGUAG